AUGAUCCCCGGAUUCGUUACACCUGGAAUUUUAAUAUCUCUCGUUGUCGACCGAGACGGCAACAAGUUUUACCCCGGAAUCGGCACGGCUGUUCGAGUUGUGGAAGGUUCCGAGGCCAAGGUUGCUGGCAAGUCGCAGGCCAAGGCCAUUGUCGCCACAGCUACGGGAAAGGUGGUGCUGAGCGAACGACAGGAGAGCGCGGAGCACAACGACAAGUCACGUGAUACCAAGGGCUCAUGCUACACGGUCAACAUUGUGAAGAAGACCAAGGGUGACGAUUCAUCUUCAACUACACCUACUACAUCCCAUGUGUCGCCCUCGGCUUCGUCGGGACUGCCCAAGGUUGGCGAUUACAUUCUUGCACGAGUUUCAAAGCUCACGUCGAAACAGGCCAACGUGGAGAUUCUGGUGGUGGAGGGCCAGGGAGGAGUGGGCCAGGACGCGGGUUUGGGACUCAAUGGCAACGAGAACGGUAUCCACAGCAACCCUCUGUCAAAUGCGGGCUCUUUGGUGGAAGGCGCUAUUCGAUCAGAUCUCGGUGAGGGCUUCGGUGGUAUCAUUCGGUCCAUUGAUGUGCGAGCCACCGAGCGAGACAAGGUCAAAAUGGAGCUGUGUUUCAAGCCCGGUGAUAUCGUGCGAGCACAGGUCAUUUCUCUCGGAGAUGGUGCCAACUACUACCUUUCUACAGCCAAGAACGAGCUCGGAGUUCUGUUCGCUCGAUCGAAAAUCGGAGAGUUGAUGUACGCUACCGACUGGCAGACCAUGGCCUGUCCUGUGACUGGCCUGACGGAAGAGAGAAAGUGCGCUUCUCCUUAUAAGCAGGAGGUCAAGGCUGAGGUCAAAGAGGAGGCCAAGUAG